AUGUCAGGAGAGUCUAAUCGGGUUGAAGAUGUUUAUGGCAUCAUUUGUGGAGAUUUAGGAAUGGGCGAAGGCUUGAAGCCUGGUGGUUUACCGCAUUCAGAUAAGAAUGGUUUUGCAAAUGAUUUGAACAAUUCUUCAGAAACCGCUCUUCCUGGGCUGAAACUUGAGGCAUUAUCAUGCAAUUGCACGAAGUGUGAGGAUGAGAGUCUGUCCAAGACUUCACAGCCUUGUGUCCAUUGUAGUUAUCAAAGUCCGUCCAGAAAAAAAUCCAAAUCAAAUGGAACAGAUUGUUGUGAUCAUGAAAAUAGCAGACGUGAAUCACAAUCAAGUGCAGGUUUAACUGAAGAAUUUCCAUCAUAUGCUGAUGUUCCAUUGGGUACUUCUCUGAGGCAACAAAAGAAACUGUUUGAGCAAAAUCUUGGCACUAUUUUGCGUAACCAUACAAAUAAUCAACCAGCAGUAUUAACUGUUUCUACCAACAGCGAUAAGUGUCAGAAAGAUCGAAAAAGUUGUACAAGGCAAAGAAGAAGUUUGUCUACCUGUGAAAUUGAAAAGAAACUUGUUGAUGCCGUCACAGAAGUGGAAGAAUUGAAAAUCGAACUAGAAACAUGUCGUAGGAGACUAGAUGCUAAAUAUAGAGCUAUAGCGAUACUUAAAAGACAGGCUGAGGAGGCCAGAGAAGAAGUAGAAGACAAUUCUCUUAUGUCUAAAGAAUAUAAUUCUAUUCUAGCAAAGGAAGUGAAUAAGUUAAGUUUUGAGCUACAGUGGCGUGAAUCAUCUUUUAUGGAUAGUCAAGAAUUAUGGGCACAACGCUUUGAUAGGUAA